AUGGCAGGUGAAGAUGGAAGGGGAUGCAGAUCACGUCAAACUGUGGCAGUCAUAUUGGUCUUGUGCUCUCUGGUACGGGCUUCAGUUUGUUUUAGCUUGCACGGGCUGAGUGAAAUACCAAAGCAGGAUGAGGCAGUCGGUGAGGCCACAGUGUUGGAAGAAAAGACAGGGGGCAUUCGCUUCAAUGAGAAAAUGCUUGAGUCUGAGUCUGCUGCUGCCGAUAGACUACUGCUUGCUGACUUAGAUCAGUUAGAUGGUCAAGGUAAGAUUUUUUUUUUUUUAUCUCUUGAAUAUUAAUACAAUGAUAUAACAUAUCUUCAUGAUAAAACCUGUACUAACUUUGUUUUUGGACUGCUCAACCCUCAAAGAAAUGUUUGAGCAGACAUCACUCCCCGAGGACAUGGACGCUGAAGCAGCAUGGCAGCGUUCGUAUCCUACCCUGGACUGUGGUCAAAAGACGAUGAAGAUCAGAGCCAUGGGAUCUGGAGCUGUUGAUUUGCAGCUAGACAUGAGUAACAAACCAAGCUUGUGUAAUAUCAGUUUAUGUUUGAGUGGCUACUAGUUUCAUGUACUAAUGGGCUUGCUAUCCUCCUUAGGCAAUGCAGGUCCUCUGCCUUUAACCCAGGUACCUGAAACCUGUGGCUACUCAGUGAAGCAGAAUGCACAGGGACUUGUUUUGGUGGUACCUUAUGAUGGCUGCUAUGUGAUUCAAGAGGUAUGCUUUGACUCUAAAUAUGAUUUUUAAGUCUUUCAUUCAAACAACUUUUAGUUGGAACUAUUUGGUGAUUGUUUUAAGUUCAAUUUGAGCUCUACAAAUUGUAUAAAGCUAAAUUUGUCAAAUUAAUUUAAGGCUGUAUUUUCAAGUUGAAUGCCUCCCUUUUUUUUUUUUUUUUUUUUUUUUUUUCUCCUUAGGAGGAAAGUUAUACCCUGUCAAUGACUUUGCAAGAGACUCCCAUUAAAUUCACUUGCCGUGCGUCCACAAGUUCUGCAACAUCACCCCCUUCCAUCACUCCCAAGUCUCCUCCAGAGCCUGAGAAACUUCCUUUUCCUCUUGGGUCCUGGAGCCUAAAUCGUCGUAAGCGCCAAGCAAACCAGCCCUUACCCAUCAGUGACCCAAGAAGUCCAUACUAUUCUUGGUAUAACUAUUACAUGAAUAUGAUGACGGCACCAACUACUGCUGCUCCGACAACCACCACGAAGCCUGAAACCACCACUACAACUACAAAGGAGCCUGACACCACGACUGCUGCCACCAAGCCAACCACAGUGAAACCUUCAGUGAAGCCUCCUGUAAAUCCUUACUACCCAUACUAUUAUCCUUAUUACCCUUACUACCCCUACUACCCCUUUCAACAACCCCCAGUGACUCCUGCUACACCAGCCACCACCACUGCCCAACCUACAACUGCAUCUACCACGACUAGAAUGACGACCACAUCUGAGAUGACAACUAGAACAUCGGCUACGACCACAUCCACCACUAAGACCCCUCCAAAACAACCACCACUCUAUCCUCCACCAUAUUUACCCCCACCAUAUUUACCCUAUUAUCCCUAUCACCCACCACCUGGAAAACCACUGCCACAAAUCCCUGCAAAUUCAGAAAUCUACUACUACCCUGUCAUCCAGCAUUACUACGGAAAGCCUCCAGCCAUGCAAAGUACUCCGAAGCCUAACAACCCAGUUUCUUCUAAGCCAACCACCACCACAGCUCCUACCUCCAAACCCAGUGACACAGCUUCUACCACCAAACCUAGCUACUCGGCACCCACAACCAAGCCAACAACCGUUGAAACCAAGCCUACAACCGUUGAAACCAAGCCAACAACCGUUGAAACCAAGCCAACACGCCAGACUACAAAACCCAGCUCCAACUAUCCAGGUCCAAUGAGUCCGUUUGUGCCUUACCACCAGGGUGCCUUCAUCCCAUAUGUUCAAUAUAAGUCGAACAAGGCUGGUAAAAUCCCAUUUGACCCAAAGUUCAUGCAAGCUGCUUUUAAAUCUGGACCCCAGCCUCGGUCACAGUUGCAUCCAGGCUUUAACUACUGGCAACCUGGACCCUGGUUUCCACAGUCAGCAGACCAAGACAACCCUCCAUUUGAUUGGAAAAAUUUUCAGCCUUAA